AUGGGACGCCGCGUGGACUUGGCGGGGUUCCGGGAACACGCGCACUCCCGGCCGCCUUGGCGCGUUUCCUUUACAGUGUCCAGGCGCGACCCUAACCACUGCACCAGAAUAGAUAAAAUAGACGUGGGAACGUACAGCCUCUGCGGAGGCUGGAGGCCGGCCCCGGGGCCGGGGACGCGCGGCCUUGACGUCAGCGGGGCCGCCAGGCCCGGGCUCCGCGCGGGCCCCUGGCUCUGGCUCAGCCCCUGCAGCGCUCUCCUGCCCGUGUGUCCCAGGGUGCAGUCCCACAGCCAGCUGUCCCUGGAGGUCCGCAACUCGGAGUACCUGGCCAGCAUGCCCCCGCUGCCCGCCGAGUGCCUGGACAUCGACGGCGACUGGAGCACCCUGCCUGUGAUCUUCGAGGACCGAUACGUGGACUGCCCCGAGACAGGGCACCCUCUGAAUGUGUACCCUGACUCCGAUGAUCCCGCCACAGUUCCUGCCACCGUGGGCCUCAGAGACAAAGAAGAUGGCCGCCUUGUAAACAGAAAGUCACCUCUCAGGGAAGGCCCCGCCUCGCCCCCCACGAAGCCACCCCAGCCGGACUCUGACGAAGAGGAGACCAGAGGCCCUGAGCCCGCGCCACGGUCCGCUGACCCGUGUUCCGAGUCGCAGGUGUAUCUGACCAUCGGGGGAUUCCAGAGCGGAGUGGAUCUUCCUGACGCUGACCCUUGGCCUGGCCAGCCGCCUCACGUGGGAGUGGACACCCCCGGCGCCGAGGACAGCCAGGCGCUGCCACUGAGCUACAUAGAGGUGAAAGCCAGCAGGGAGCGCGUCUGCGGGGGCGAGCCCCCCGUGGAGAUCAGCGCCCCGCAGGACAGCAGGCGCUUUGUGGGGGACCUUGACCCAGACCCCGCGGCGCCGGGCCCCGGGCGGGCUGGCGGGAGGCGUCACAACGCCCUCUCUGCCGAGAAAGCGGCAGGCCCCGGGUCCGCAGGACGCGGGGCCGGCCUGGAGGGCCGGACGGCAGCCCUCGGUCCGAAGCCCGUCCCCAUGGAGUCUUGCGACGCCCCGGACUUCCUUGUGCGGGAUCCCGCGGACCCGAGGGCUUCCCCAAAGGACCUGGCCCUGGAGGGCCAGGAGGACGCGUCCGUGCUCUCGGGCGUCGUCAAGAGGUCCGCCUCCGUCAUCUCCGACUCCGGCAUCGAGAGCGAGCAGAGCUCGGUCGCCUGGUCCGAGGCCCGCAGCAGGGCCCUGGAGCUGCCCGGCGACCGGGAGGCCCUGCGCCAGCUGGCCCGGAGGCACGGGCUGCACAGGGGCUCCCUGGAGGGCGGCCGCACCGAGAGCAGCACCAGCCUGCCCAGCGGCAUCCAGGCGUCGCUCACCUCCAUCAGCUCUCUGCCUUUCGAGGAGGAGGAGCAGCGGGAGCUGGCCCUCACCAAGCUGACCAAGUCGGCCUCCGCACCCCAGAUCAGUAGCCCGGAGGAGUCUGCUGAAGACGCGGGCGCCCCAGGCCGCUGCUCUCCGCCUUGUGGGGGCGAGGACAGUCCCUUCGUGGAGGUGAUUCUAGAUGCCGACAGCCAGCAGGGCCCCAGCUACAUAGACAUCCCCCAGAGGUCAGAGAGGCCGCCGGCGCCUCCAGGACCCCGUCAGCGUGAGCGCAGGACAGGGAGCCCUCCGGACGCGGAGACGCAGGGACCCGACAGGAGGCCACGCGCCAGAGCAGCGGAACAGCCCGGGGCCGGCGCUUCGCCCAGGAGCCCGAUGGGGCCCCCCAGGGACACGGCCCCUGUCUUAAAUGCGGGGGGAGGGCCCCUGCCCCGCAGCAGCGUCUCAGAGGUGGACUGCGCUGGUCACCCCCGGGUGCCCGAGUGGGGCUGUGGGUCCCCAGCUGGCGCCACCCGCCUGGAGUCAGUGGGCAGGGCCAGCGCCUCCCCGGGCCCCGCCGGUGCUGCAGCCUUUGGCCCAGGAGCCCACAGCUCCCUGGGGCCUGGACGUGAAGCAGGCACGUUGUGCUCCACUGUGAGUCCCACUGUGAGUCCCCCUUUGCGCCCCCGGCUCGUGGGAAACCAAGAGCCCAGGGCGCGCACCUCCGGCCCGGCGCCGCCCCUGGCCCCCGCAGAGACCCUCAGCCUGGACAGCCUGAAGGCGGUGGAGGGCGUCAACUUGUCCGUGUCCUGCACUGCCACGUGUCUCCCCUUCUCGUCGGUGCCCCAGGAGCCCCCCGCCCGGGCGGGGUUCUCCGCCAGGCAGGCCCAGUGUCCCAUCACGCACCAGCCCGUGGGCUCCUUUGCAGCUGUUUCUUCCCCGGCCAGCAAGCUGGGGGAGGCGGUCAGCGAAAGGAUGUUCAGUUUUUAUCAAGCCAAAGAAAAAUUUAAAAAAGAGCUGAAGAUCGACGGAUUCCUGUACAGCGACUUGCCUGUCCUGGCCUCUGAUGUGCCGUACUUCCCGCCAGAGGAAGAGGAGGAGAAUUUGGAGGAUGGGAUUCACCUGGUUGUGUGUGUCCACGGCCUGGACGGGAACAGCGCGGACCUCCGGCUGGUGAAGACUUUCAUAGAGCUGGGGCUCCCUGGAGGGAAACUGGACUUCCUGAUGUCCGAGAAGAACCAGGGAGCUGGAGCCCGGGGCCCUAACGAGGAGAAAGUCGAUGAGAAUUUAGAGACCCCCUUCAUCGGCCACUCGCUGGGCAACAUCAUCAUCCGCUCGGUCCUGACCAGGCCCCGCUUCCGCUAUUACCUCAGCAAGCUGCACACGUUCCUGUCGCUGUCCGGGCCUCACCUCGGGACCCUGUACAACAACAGCGCCCUGGUCAGCACAGGCUUGUGGCUCAUGCAGAAGCUGAAGAAGUCGGGGUCCCUGCUGCAGCUGGCCUUCAGGGACCACGCUGACCUGCGCAAGUGCUUCCUCUACCAGCUCAGCCAGAAGACAGGGCCAGUUUAUGCGGAAAUGAUCAACAACCUUCUCCGCCCGCUGGUGGAGGCCAAGGGCUGCACGUUGGUCCGACACAACGUGUUCCACUCCUUGCCCAGCACGGCCAACACCCUGAUUGGGCGCGCCGCCCACAUCGCCGUGCUGGAUUCAGAACUGUUCCUGGAGAAGUUCUUCCUGGUGGCAGGACUCAACUACUUCAAGUAG